AUGUCAAUUUACAACACGUCGCAUUCAAGGCGAGCAGGAGCAGCUCGAUCACCCAAUACCCAGCAUGCCGGUGCUCUCCCACCGAGGUUAAUACAAAGACGACCACCACCUCCUCGUCAGCAACAACAACCCAUCAACAUUCCAUACAAUGACUUUCAGCUAAUGUCUUGCAAAAAGCGAGGAAAGCACCACGUCAUGGACUUUAAGACGAAUAAGCCUGUGGAUUUCAACACCUUUGCACGACCCGUCAAACUACAACGUAAAGACAACAACAAUCAUGGGUUUGGACGUAUGCAUCGAAUGGCAAAUGGCGGCAACGGUACGCCGAAUGCCAGUCAAGGCAGCAGCAGCAAUAGUGCAGCAGGAAGUAGUCAGGAUGCAGCAGGCUCUUCUUCACAACAGCAACAACAACACCAGCAGCAGCAUGGACCCAAGACAGGUGCCGAUACCUCUUUGAUUGCACCUCUUGGUGGCGCUACUCGCAACAAACAAAUGUUAUUCAAGAAGCGUACAAAGCAGAUUUAUUUGGCAAAGGAGGAUGCACGAGAGCUCAAGGAACAAGAACACAAGCCAUGGAUUCUCGAAGAUUAUGAUGGCCAAAACAGCUACACAGGAUCUUAUGAAGGAAGUCAACGAUCUGAUUAUGUGUUCUUUGUUGUAUCGGGCAAUGACUUUAAGGUGGUGCCUGUCGAUCGGUGGUACAAGUUUCAACAAAAGCGUAAUGUGGCAACAUUUACAUUGGAGGAGGCUGAAGAACAGUUGAAAAAUCUUCAAAAGCGUGAACAAAGUCGAUGGAUGAUGUUGGACCGCAACAAAGCCAUGGCAGAUGCUGAAACGCAAUCACAAAGUAGUCAAGGAGCCAAAUCUCGAUUCAAAAAGACAGAUCAUGGAGAAUCAUUUGGAGGUGGCUCAGAUGAUGAAGGAGGAGGAAGUGGACGUCGUGAUCGACAUGAUUCAGAUAUCGAUGAUCUUGAUUUCGACGAUGUCUUCCAAGAUGAUGAGGAAGGUGGUGGUGAACAUGAAAUGGAGGAUGAAGAUACGAGAGAAAGCAAGGAACGAUUGAAGCGUGAAACAAAGGGUUAUGCACCAGGAGGUGAUGAAGAAGCUGUGGAAACAAUGGAUGAUGAUUCGAAUCGAUUAACAUCGGAGGGCAAGCAAAUCCGGAAGCUUGUUCGCACAUUGGAGAAGAAUGGUGCCUAUGAGAGUGAUGAAGAUAAGGAUCCAUAUGCAUCCAGUGAGGAGGAAAUGGAAUCUGAUGCUGAAAAGGAAGAAUCCAAAUCAGAAGCGGAGAACUCUCAACAGAAAAAGACGCUCGUGCCUCCAAAGAAGAAGGGACCUGCUCCAUCUUCAAAGACUGCAGCAGCCAAAAAGAGUCAUGCAUCCAAAAUCAAAAAGGAGGGAUUAUCACGACCCAUUGGUCGACCUGGUUCGCCAUCGUUACAGCAAGGAAAGGCAUCACCUCCUCCUGCUCAACGAGCCACAUCACCAAUACAUCAACGUAUGCGCGAAAUCAGUCCUGGUGCUGCACCUGUCAAGAAACGUAAAUCGGAUGAAGGUGAUCAUGGAGAAACAAAGCGUCCCAAAAGCACUACUACUGCACCACCUGCACCUGCAUCGGCUGCAUCACCUGGCGGUGGCGAUGAUAGCUUGAUUACCGAGGAUGAAGUCAUUCAGACAUUACGUGGCAAAAAGUUGACAACCAAGGAGUUCUUGAUGCACUUCCGCAAGAGAAUCAAAAAGAAUGAAAAGAACCGUGAAAUCAUUACCGGCUUGCUCAAGAAGGUCGCUCGUCAUAAUACAUCUGAACAAGAUCCCACAAAACGUGUAUUGGAAUUGCGCCCUGAUCUUCAGUAA